AAAGGGUAAAGGUUAAGUAGGCGGAUCCUGCCAUGAAAGUUACAGAGAGACAGGUCAAAACGUAGCAACUUUCAAGCUAUUAGCAUUGAGAGAGUGCCUCUGUCAUCAUGGACAAGUUGAAGAACGCCUUCAAGUUUGAGCUGUUCCAAAAUGAUGACAGCAGCAGUGUCAUUACGUCGUCAGACGCCACAAGCUCGUCGGGUAACGCCGAACCCAAGACCUUCCGUGAGAAACUCUUGCACGUGCUGCACUCCACGGAGUUCCAGGUUGCCGUGGUGAUCCUGGUGAUCGUGGACUGUAUCUUGGUCGUGUUUGAGCUGCUGAUCGACCUCGGCGGGAUCAAGCUGUGUGAGGAGGCGGUGAGGGCAGAAUGUGAGAGUGCAGGAACAACGGCCACCAUGACUCCAGCAGAAGAAGCAGAGAAAGAGGCAGAAUGUGACCAUCCGGCUCCAGAGAUCCUUCAUUACAUGAGUAUCGCCAUCCUCACCAUCUUCCUGAUUGAGAUCAUGUUUAAGGUCUACGCUUACCAGAAGGACUACCUCAAGCACAAGAUGGAGCUGUUUGAUGCUGUGGUUGUCAUCAUUUCGUUCUGCUUUGACGUCGCGUACGCUAACCACGAAGAUGCCUUCGACGGAAUUGGCCUUCUGGUCGUCCUACGUCUUUGGCGAGUCACCAGAAUAAUCAAUGGCAUCCUGAUGUCAGUGCAGCACACGGCUGAGAAGAAGAUCAACGCCCACAAGCAAGCUCGACAGGAGGUACAGGAGGAACUGAACAAGAUGAUCGCACACGCACAUGACCUGGAGAAGGAAAUCGACCUGUUGAGAAAGACUCUCCGUGAAAAUGGCAUCAGCGUGGAAUCCAUCCCCCGUACUCCCGAAGUGUCUAGCUCACAGGUCAAGGUGGAGGCCGAGAUCACUCCGACCACUGAAUAUGCCACUCCCGCCCACUUCAGCGCCUUCUCUGGACAGGACGAUACUCAGGCCUGAGGUUACUCAUGGUCAAAGUUAGAGAAUUUUAGCCUGGUUACCAAACCUAUUAUAGCUCUCGAGUCCUACAUCCUAUUUGCGGUGAGGACGUAGGACUUUGGAGCUAGGAUAAGAGAAUUUGUAGUGUCUGCAGAUAGAUCUGUUAGAACAAAGGUGCCUUGUACCAAUGUCCUUGCUUGUACUGAGCAGUUGAACAAAUCUUGAAAAAAAAAAGAACUUUUCACACAUUAUGUAGAAGUUAGGUAUUUUGAGAUAUCUCUAUUUCUAUGUUAAGUCCGUGUCAGGGAAGCCAAGUGCCUUCAAUCUUCUUGCCUUAUAUACUGUACAGUUGAAAAACAGCAUUACAUGAACUAUGUAGUCAGACGAAAAAUGUCUUAUAAUGUAAACAAGUCUUUGCACCAUCACCUGCAUUGUACACUUUGAUUCCUAGAUACAUUAUAUUGAGAUAGAAUGUUUAUGUCCUGUAUUAUGGUGGUCUACAUGGUAGUUUUGGACUGAAUAUGUCAUGUGUUAAAAUGUUUUGAUUUCACAGUGUAGUUGGGAAUUUUUAAAUACUAGUAGCCAUUAGGGAUGUAAUAAUCAAGUGUUUUACAUGGAAACCAGGGCUGCCCAGAAUAGCACGUUGCACUGAUGCCUUAAUCUUCAAGCAGAUCCUAUGGUGUCAAAGCUGACAAUUGUGAACAAAUGUACUUAUUAUGAAUAGGACAAAGUCUUAGGCAGGGAAGGGAAGUUUCUAAAUUGUGCCAAAAGUUCCAUACAAUUUUCUCCCUAAAAUG